CACACACACACACACACACACACGCUCUUACAUGAAUUGCACACAGUCCAUUAAGGCCUGAUUGAAGAAUCAUCUGUUACCGGGCUUUGCUACGGCACAGACGCUACAGACGCUGUGAGAAAAGCUUGAGAGCAAUGUCAGGACCGAGGCCCGUCGUGCUGAGUGGCCCUUCUGGAGCUGGGAAGAGCACUCUGUUGAAGAGGCUGAUGAAGGAUCACGAGGGAGUCUUUGGAUUUAGCGUGUCACAUACAACAAGAAACCCUCGACCAGGAGAGGAAGAUGGCAAAGGGCUGAACAAGCUCCCCCAGCUGCUUCUGGGGGCUGCUUUACUGCCAGUAGCAGACGUCUUUUCAUCUGAAGACAUAGAAACCUCAUUUUCGGGUCCAAAUGAAUCAGAAACCACACAUCAAGACUACCACUUCACAACCAGAGAGGCCAUGCAGGAGGGCAUCGACAAUGGAGAGUUCAUUGAGACUGCUGAAUUCUCUGGGAACAUGUAUGGGACAAGUAAGGCUGCUGUGGAAGACGUGCGAGCCAAGAACCUGAUCUGCAUCCUUGAUGUGGACAUCCAGGGGGUGAAGAGAAUUAAGGAGACCGACCUGAACCCCAUCUAUAUCUCCAUCCAACCUCCAUCCAUGGAGAGCCUGGAGCAACGUCUGAGGGACAGGCAGACAGAAACGGAGGAGAGUUUACAGAAACGUCUGGAGGCUGCGCGCAUUGAUAUGGAGCUCAGUAAAGAACCUGGAGUGUUUGACGUUGUUAUCAUCAAUGAUGACCUAGAGAAGGCCUACGAGGAGCUGAAAGAAAUCCUACAUGAAGAAAUCCAAAAAGUUCAGGAGGCCAUGUAAUUAAUAAACACUAUCUCAGUUUUUCUUCUGUGGGAUCCCAAGACCCAGAGCCGAGUGGGCCUGUCAGAGAUCAUGCACAUGAAACAGUCUCUUUUCUGGAGAAAGUUCAUUUUCCCUUUCCUCUCUACGUCGUACGGUCAGUUGUUUCGUCUGAACUGUUUUCAAACUGAGAUGGAAAUGUGGACUUCUGAGCUGAAAGAUGUUUCUUGUUGACUAAGUGAUAGGAGAGCUGUGUUAGAUUUAGUUAAAUGAAGAGGUGAAAUCUAGGUGUAAUACACAAUAUAAUAUAUAUCUACCACUUUGGUGUAAGAGAAAAAGAAAUGGACAACUGCCAAAUCCAGUGCUGCGUUUGUCUCUACAAGUCCAGCUUUGGUACUGACCUACAGUGCAUAAGUCACGGAGCACCCAUGACUGCCACAAGCCGGGGUUCACAAAAUAGUUACUGUCAUUUGUUUUGUUUAUUUCAACUAAAGCUGAAAUAAAUUCACACAUAGCAAAGUUCAUCAAUUCUUGACAUCAAUACAUAUGUAAACCCUUCUGCACAUGAGGUGUCCUCUGACAGAAAGUCCUUCCUUGUAUUGGACUCCAGAUAUGGUACUGUACAUGUCAUGAUUGUGUGUUUGUAUACAAACAAAAAUAAAUAAAGAACCCAAGGUCAA